AUUUUUUGAAAUGGCUGAAGCAAAAUCGGUUCGCUUUUCUCCCAUAAUAGAGGAAACUAUAGACGAUAUAUCUACCGCAAGCUCUAACAUGGACUUUUUCCCCAGCGGAAUGAAUUUCGAAGAUGCCUAUAUUGCCAGCUUGUCAAAAAGCGCCAAAAAAUAUCACCUGCCAAAUGAAAACGAACAAAGGCUACUACAAAGGCGCAAAAAGGGUCUUCUGGCACUCGGUUUCGUUCUUCUUCUUGGGAUUACUGGAGCUGGAAUUUAUUUGGUUACAAGAGAACUGUCUAACCAGGAACCAUACUAUUACAGUGGAGCAGCAGUGAGAGGAAGCAAACCUGAAUUUGUAACAAAGAAUAUGACGUUGCAUUUCUUAUCCUACUCAGCUACAAUUUUGAGCUCCUCUAUCACCAAAAAGCCUUCGCUUGAGUACGGCAAGACCCAGGCUUCAGUGCCCUCGGUUAAGGCAUCAAGCAUUUUACGAUCUAAGCCAAGAGGUCCCAUAACCGGAAUGCUUACACCAACGACCAUCACUGAUUCAUCAAGCCUGAAGAAGAUCACUGAAACAAAUCGGUGGAAUACAUCAUCUUUUUUGACACCAAGCUUUGCAUUUGUAAUAGAAAGAUCUUCGUACUUCGUUAUGUCACAGGACUCCGUUAGAUUGAUCAUCAGAGCAAAGACCAUAACGUCACCUUUCGUCACACAGGGAAGCUCUUGGAAAGAUUACAACACGAGAAAAAGUAUUCCAUCUGCUUGGGCAAACUCGAAGAUAAUCUUUCUUACAUCAACUGGGUCAUCUGUAGGUGUCAAUCGGUCUUCAUUACCUGACAUCAGAACUAGUUCCUCUUUUGGCCGUAAGGCCGGCAGUGUGGCUUUAUCAAUUACGCCAUAUUCACCCCUACGAAAUUCAACUUUGGUUAAAGAAUCGCAGCGAUCGUCCUAUUCCAGGUUUACCUUUCCUUGGUAUUCGUCUCAAACUGUAAAUUCAUCAGAUAUUGCAACCUUCAAAUCAGUCUCUAAUACCAAAUUUGCGUCCAAUGAUUUUCAACCAGCAACUGAGAAAGGCGAGUUAUCAGCAUCCAUCCAUUCAAGACUCACCUCUCAUCCACCUGAGUCUUUUAGCGAAUCGAGAAACCCCACAGAAGUUGCUAUAGGUGGAAUGUUAUUGGAAACCACUCUAGAGUUACCCAACACGAAAAUCAAAGUAUUUUCUUAUCCAACCAGCUCUCGUAUCAUAAACUCUCCUGGUGAAGACCGACCAAUAACCAUUCUAAAUCAACUACAGACGUCCUAUUCAAGGAACUCUACAGCUCUGACAAAUGAUACAAGAGAAACUUUUACAUUGUCAAGCUCUAACCCUUCCUCAUCUCUUGUUCACACAAUGCACUCUAACCACCAUAAAACUUCAUCAAAGAUGCACGGGCCUAUUUCUUCAGAAGUGUCUCAAGAUACUGAUGUACUCCUAUCGUAUACUUCAAUUCAUCCCGUGGCUAGUGGUUCUGUUUUUCAGGAGCAAUCUUCACAAAUGAUUUUUAAAGGAAGUAUUCAGAAAACAAUGUUUCCAUCUUCAAGUUUCAUUGGUAUUCACACUGUAUCAAAAUCACCUCGAGAAAUUAAGAAAAAUUCAAGGCCUUCGUCAACAAUUUUUCCCCGAGAAAGUGACUUGCUUUCUUUACAGGCUACCUCAGAAUCUUGCUUUCACUCUGUCUCGUGGGAUAAAAGCCACAAUAUACAUGCAGGCCAUAAUUCUGAAAGAUCGACGGUUGUAAAGAUUUUGUCUCUAAAAAGCAAUGGUGCACUUCCCAGUGUUUUGCAGCCAAGCCCAUCACACGGAAACAAAACCUUGUUUGACACUACUUUGACUUUGUCGCUGAUGACGAAAAUCUCUAGCAGUAGAUUUUCAGCAUCGCAACCAUUGUCCAGUUAUUUUCAUUUUGCGGCAGUUAAACCAGUCUUACCCUACGCUUCGUCUUCGAUGAAUAUGCACCACGGCAUUACUUCCACUGUUGUCUUUAAGAAAACCAUUAUAAACCACGUUUCAUCUCGGAGUGUGGAUAGAAAAAGCUUCAACUUCUCGUCAACUCAUGGACGUAUUUCAGCUUCCAUGGACGUGAAUUCCAGACAUAUCGGGAACAUUGGGUUUUCAAUCAUCCCUGUCCGCUCAAUAUCGCUGACUUCAGAGGCAAACUCCCCAGAGAGUGGUUCAACGCCAAACCUUUUUAUAGGUACGACUUUAAGUGUGUCCAUGCAGACCUCGACCAAGGGCACUAGCGACAAACCAGUCAGAUUAAAAAGUGCGAGUACCUCUGCCGUGCCAGUUUCAGCUUCCAAUCCGUCCGUUACAUCUUCGAAAGACAUUUGGCAUUUUUCACGAUCACUACCGACUGGUGAAAAAGAUGAAAGUUUGACAAGUUCAAGAGCAGAGGAAAGUAAACUUGUACUCUCAACUAUGAUGUCCUCUGAUAGACACUUGAAAAUGAAUGUACCAUUUGAAAAAUCUCAGUCCAGGACGCCUAACACACCUGUAACAAGAUUCUCCACGACCAAAACAUCAACAGCGGCACACUCUCUAAUUACCGCACUGUCUUCGUCUGAAAUGUCGAUUUGGUCAACUCUAAGGAAAACUUCAAGAGGAGCAGCUUGGCAAGGAAAGAAUAGUUGGGAUUUCAGAGUUAACGUUCGUACCUCCACAUUUGAACACGAGAGCUGGAAGUCCAGCACUGGCUCAUUUCGAACCAUAGCUCUGACUGCUUAUGUCUUUCCACCCCUUAAGACAAUUGCAAGCUCACCUAGCAAAGAUUCAAGUAACAAGGCGACAAUUUGGAAAGUUACAAAUUCUACUAUCAGCACAGGUCUAUCCUCAAUGCACUCAACGGCACUGUCCCUUAACCUGUCCACAACAAUUAGCAUUAAUGUCACAAGCAGGUCAACGAGCGAGACACCCUGGAACAUAUCUGUCUCGAUGCAGUCGCUAAAUGCCACAGCGCAUGUGACCUCAAAAUUUCCAUCAAAUGUGAACUACACUCCUACUUCGCACCUCAGAUGGGUACAUCAGAUUACGGAUCAGUAUCCUCAUAGCUCGGUGAAGCCCACUACCACUGCAAGUUGGAAUUCUUCAAAUCAGUUCGAAAUUAUGAACGGGUCUUUAGUAAUAAAGAAUAGAGAUUUUCAUGUAAAUCUGUCAAAUCCAAACUCCACAAUGUUCAAAGUCCUUGCUGAUAAAGUCGAGUUUAUAAUCGAGGACAUAAUUUCCGUGGAUGCGAAAGUGACGUCCUUUGAGGAAGGAAGUGUCAUUGCUCUGUUUUACCUUAAAGUGCCACAUGAUGCACUGCACAAAGAUUCAGAUUACCUUGAAUUACUGAGAGCUGCUAAUGAAACAUUAUGGCAAGGUCUUGUAGUAGUGAACAUCACUGUUACAUUACGAGUUUACAGGGAACGUGCUGAAUCACAGGAUACUGCAACUAGACACUUUAAAAGGUUAUCAAAUGCUGCUUUCAUUGCAAUAUUUACAGUCUUCUUUGUUUUGCUGAUAGCUGUUGGAGGGUUUGGACUUUACAUUUGUAAAAAGAAAGGAUACUGCGAGAGAUCAACAGUUAAGCCUGCUGACUCUUCAAUUCCACCCUCUGAGCCUCAAAAUAUUCAACCUGUUCGUCGUGAUACUUGGGUUAUGAGUGAUGAAAUUUUUAAGGAUCACGACCAAAGAAGUGACGAGACGUUAAGUAUGAGAGUCCUGGAGAGAAAAGACACAAACAAAGAGGGAGGUUGUAAUCCUGAUCUGUUAAGAAAAUAUGCUAGGAGCCCAUUUGAACCAAAUUAUUCCAGUGGUGAAGUAGGUAACUUUACAACUCGAAACACCUUUCGUUCGACAUCACGAUGCACGUCAAGCUCGCAUCUUGAAUUAGACGACUCUGAUCGUCCAGUUAGUGGUUCAUCAAGAGAUACCUAUUUGAAUAGCGCCAGGCAAUCUUCACAUUCCGAAGACGAGUGUUAAAACGUUACCCGCUGAAAAUGACCAAAAGAGCUCUUAGUGUUCAACAAAAGAAUCGACAGAAAGAGAACGCUUUUCAACUGGUUAUAUUACCUAACUAGCUUGUAACAAUUUAGCUUACUUCUACCCACGCUCAUACAGAUUCCUUGAAACUGUUCAUAGUUUUUUUUUUAUAAUUAAAUAACUCCUACUUAAUUUUUUCAUGAUGAAGUUAUAAUCCGGGCUUAUGGGCAAAUUUAGUCGCGCUUAUUAUACGUAUGAUACUUAACUUUACAGCGGGUUUGAUAAGACCCUUCACAAUGUGUGCAUCUAUGGUGAUGCUCAGGCCUAAACUUAGCUAUAAACAUAACGUUCACAUAAGCUUGCCUCUAACAAAUUCAACUGUUAGCCUUAUCCGUUCAUCUUAAUAUUCAAUCGGCCUUGUAAUUUUAAGUGUAUGAUACGACAAGCUAUGGCAUUGAAUAAGGAGCUAGAGACCAUGCUUCAUGUUCGAAACACUCAUUUUUUCAGAACCUUGACGGAACUGAUUUCACCAAAUUCGAGUUAGUCUACUUAAUUUAGCAAACAACCCUUAGCUGUACUCUUUGCAACGAGCUGAAUGCUGCAUGGUCGUUGCGAGGACCCGUCAUACGGAAAGUGAUUGCCGCUUUACUUUGCUCAACAUGGCGUGCAUUUUUGAAAAAAAGUUUGCCAAAUUUCUCUACAUCAAGCAAGUACCUGUGGCGGAAUAUCUAUGUGAAGAGUUACAAACGAGGCGCAAAAAGAAGUGACUCGAUUUUUAUACCAUUUUUUACACACUAAUCCCAAUGAUUUAUCAGAACUCGAGAAACUUAAUACUUUCGAAAGCACGAAAGAGUUGCCGGUUAUUUAAAAGAAUGCAUAAAUUAUAAUUUCAAUGUUCUGUCG